AUCAGAGUGAACGAAAAGUCCCGCCGUCAAGUUAUCAAAGUUGGUCAACAUUGUCAUUGUCGUAAAUUAAAGUACCAUACAAGUAUAAGGGUACGCGAUACUUGGACAAAAAACAUAUGGGUUAUGGCCUUAUUACAUACAAAUACAUGUCUGACAGUCAUUCAUAAUAUUAUAUUUUAUAUUCAUACUUUUUAAGUUCUGAAUAAAUACCUACUACUACUAGUCACUAGUAACUAGUAAGUCUAGUACUAGCCUAUAAAAUAAAAUUAAGGACUACAAAUUUAAUAUAAUCAUUUUCAUUCUCAUCAUAAAAAAUAAACUAUCACUAUCAUUCAAUAAUGACAUUGACAAGAAUUAAAAAUUAUGGCUUAUACUAUACUUAAUACUAUACAUACUAUUUUUAUAGCAUUAUAAGUAAAAAAUAAAAUACUAAAAUAAGGUAAUGGAGGAAAUUCACUUUCACCAUCAGACCAUCAUUGAUCAUUCAUCAUGUUUUCAAGAACUUUUUGUUUUUCUCUUUGGAAUAAAUAUUAUUAAAUUUGUUAUGGUGGACUAGCAAAACUUAACAAAAUUCAAACUGACAAUGUUUUUAAAUAACAGACCAUACAUCUUUCUUGAAGUACAAAAGCUUUAAUGAGCAAAAUUUAAAGCCAAAUAGUGGGAAAAAAAGGUUAAAAGUUAAAACUAAUGAUGACUUAAAUUUAACAAAAUGGGGCAGCAUGUUCAAUCCAUAUAUUUUCCACAUAAUGUGACAUAGUCAUAGGUUGUAGGCAAUUCUGACAGUGACAGAUACAUUCCAUGGCUUCAAUAUCAGCUUUUUAUGGGAUUUCAUUAUCAAAACUAUUUUUAAAAUUUUUUAAACCUAUUUCUACAAAUUAAUAACUUUUGUUUUCAAUUUAAACUGUAUCUGUGUAGUGUAAUGCUAUUUAAAUUAAAACAUGGAUUUUUUAUUAAUCAGAUCAAUAUUAUUUGGUUAUUUUAAUCAUCUUUUAACAGUUGGGGGUGUUAAACCCCUGCUUUGUGAUAUUUAAAAUAUUCAUUUUUAUAACGAAGUGGUUAUGCGCAGCUGACUGCGUAUAACCCUGAAAGUUAUACGCAGUCGGCAAGUCACGUGAGGUCUAUAUUCUUCCUGUGUUACAGUAUCAAUCGAUAAGGGUGCCUCGAUGUCGGGGUGACUGGGUGGUCGAAUGGUACAAACUGACCAAACCUCAAGUUGGUGGUCUUGAGUUCAAUUCCAGCCAACGGCAAGCCAUGAAUACGUGUUAGUUGUUAUGUUAGUUCUCAAGAAUGAAGCAAAAACAACUAGGCUUAUUGUUUUACUUUUGUUUUGGCUAAAAAAUGUUAAAACAUGAGAAGAAUUAUUAACUUGACCAAUGUAAUGUUAAUAAUGUUAUUCUUAUUAUUAUCAAAUAUAUGUUUGUGUUGUUAACUAAUUUUUUGGCAGAUAAAAUCAUGUUUCUCUGGUACAGUAAUAAAUAUAAUCAUGGGUGGAGAGUAGCAGUAAAAAAAUAGCUGUAGGGGCAGGGGGGUUCUGUAGAGCGGGCACUGUACGUAAUACUUUCACACAGUUAUAGUUUUGCAUGGAAGCUGAAAACUGUUACAUUUAGGUCAUCUAAAAAAAACCCAACAUAAAUGAUAUAAUUUUUUUAAAAAUAAAUAGAAUGUAUUUCCUGAAUUAGUCAGUAAAACCAACCACAUGGUCAUAGCAACAUAUAAAAACCUAAUCAAUCAGAAUACAUAACUAGACUUAGACCAUGGAAAUGCCUUUUUAAAAAUCUUAGACUUAGGCUUAGACUCUAAGAAAUGUAGACUUUGACUUAGACUUAUAAUUAUAAUAUAUAAGAUACAAGCAAUAAUACUAAUAAUAGCACUAAUAGUAUUGCUAUCAUUCAAUUUCAAUAUUAAUUAAAAGUUAUAGUUCAAAACAACCCAUAAUGCAGCUAAUUACGCAUAAUAUUUUUUUUUAAAUUGCCAAACUAGCGGUAAUAAACCUUAUUUGGCUAAAUUCCCAGCUGACUGCUGGGAAUAACCCUCAGGGUUAUGCGCAGUCGACUGCGUAUAACUCUCAGGGUUAUGCGCAGCCGACUGCGUAUAACGCUUCCCUUUUUAUAAACUAAUUAAAUAAAUAAUCUACAGAACCAUAUCUCUUGUACAAAUGCUUCAUAUUCAAAAUAUUAAAAGGAACUUUAGUAUUAAAGUGAAUUUUAGAGCUUUUUAUAAACAAUCUCUAAAUCAUUCAUCCAGCUGCCAUUUUACUUUGCAAAAACGACCAGCUUCAUUUGCUCUACAAAUAUCAGUAUUUUAACUCAUUCAUUACACACAUAUUCAUAUAUAGUUAAAAACUAAAAAAAAGUAAUUGCUGAGUUUAGUUGUACUUGUUUUUGUAUGUAAACUAAAAAGCUUUCACUGUAGAAAUAAAAUUUCAAGUAAAAAUAAACAAGCACCCUCUUAGCUGAAGUUUUACAAAUGGUUUUCAGAAAGCUGAAAACAGGAGGUUAAAAGCACUUGUCUAAAAAGGCAAAUUAAAAAUCAAUCCCAUAAGUUAAAAAUGCAAGAAUGGUUGUGAAAAGUUCUCCGAUUGGUCAGUAAGUUUCUACCAAGUAAAGCUUAAUGCCCUUCUCUCUUUUUACAAUAAUAUCAAGCAUUUCAUUGUAUGAACUGAGCAAUUAGACUUAAUACCCCAUGGAGCCAAUUACCUCCCUUUACCCUAAAAUACUAUCUUCAUCUACACUAUGCCUAUACAAUACUAGUAAUACUAGAGUUAGAGCAUGACAUAGAUAGGGCUCCACAUUAUUAUUAAAAAAUGAAAUUUCUGACAUAGACAUCACAUAUAAAUAGAUGAUAGACUAUGAAGUCUUAGUACCAAGUACCAGUACUAUACUUUUUUUGGCCUUUGCCUUUAAUUAAAUAUUUCCUUCACAUAAUUUUUUUGAUACUCUAGCUAGUGAUUAGAAAAUAUUUCAAAAUUUAACAACUGGUUCGCUGCCCUAACUAAUGACUCUACUGUAAAUAAGUUUAACCAGUAACUUUCCAUAUCUAUCACUUGCUAAUGUUUUAUACUGUUAUCGCCUGCCUGUGCUGGGUAACCAAGUGGUUUAAACCCUCGCCAUGCCCAAUCCCAAGCUUGUGAACUGCUGGAAUCUCCAGCCUAGGCAUAGACAAAACCACAGACACAUGAUCAUCUGAGAUCAUACUACCCUAUUGACAGAAAAAGCCACUAGUGGUUGAGUUGCUGUUUUUUGUUUUUAAUUAAAGAGGUAGUGCUGACUUAAUGUGUUCAUUUUAUACAAAGUAUGCGAUGUCCCCUGACAUCAAAGCCAGUGUCCCAUUUUAAUUUUCAUAUGGACAUUGCCUGUUGCCUUAUGAAAAGCUCUACAAGAAAAAGAAGACAGGUGGAGAGUGAAGGUCCCUGCUGCUGGUGGUUUGGCUGCACCUGGAACAUUUUCGGAGCAUUAAAUGUUUCAGCUCCUUGGACUUAAACAUUUUUUUCCAGUGUGAGCAGAAAAACAUUCGCACUCGCUUGAGUCAAAUAAAGGACCAGAAGCUGUGUUUGGAUGUGUUUUGUAUAACACACACAUUAGUGAUCAGCUUCUUUUUUUUUCCCUUUGGGGUAAGCUCUGUUAGGCUAAUUUCCAUGCUAAACCGAGGAACUGAUUUAACAAUAAAAGUUAAGAAUUUGUGGCAUAUUUUUCAACAUUUUAAUUUUUUUUUAAAUAGGGCCCAAUGUAAAUUUUUAAUUCACUAAUACAUAUUUAGUAUCUUCUGAUAGAAACUUAAUUUCUCUAUUUAAUUAAACUAUUUUCAUAUCAAUUAAUUUUUAAAUUAGUGAGAUGGAUUGAAUUUUGUAAAAGAACUUAAUUAAUUAUUUAGAGUUAUUCCCCUUACAUUGGGAUACUAUGGAUGUUUUACAGCCAAACCAAUAGGAAUUUAGUGGUUGAAAAGAGGAUAAAGGCCUAGGGAAAAGGGUAGUUUAUUAUUUCAUUAAGCAAAAUGCAUUUGAGUUAAUACUUAGGUCAUACACAGGAAUAUUAAUAUACGAGGCUCUAUAAACUCUAUACAAUAUUAAAUCAAUAUUAGAUUUAAGUGUGAGUGUAAAAAAAGAUAAAAGUUAAAACAAAUGGAUAGAAAUGACAAGUUGUGAUUUCCACAUUUGCUGGCUGCCCAGGCGCCCACCUUAGAGGUUAAUGAGAACCUUGAUAAUGUGAUUACAAAUGCCCUUUCAAAAACUGGUUUGCAGAACUCAACAAAAAAUUAUGUUUCAGUGUUGUGCUGAACCAGUAAAAAGUGUCUGAAUUCCACUACUCCGCAGACCAACUUUUACUUAUUCAAAUAUAAUACCGGUACACAAAGCAGGAUAUCGGGCAUAAGUACUGGACUUAGACCUUCUUUAUUAAUCCGUUACAAAUGUAAAAAAAUUAUUUAAAUUUAGGCUACUUAAAAAAUAAUAAUAAUAAUAAAGUUUAUUUGAAAACCACGCUUCAAAGGCUCGAAGCGCAGUACAAAUUCAACAUAUUAAAAGAGAAAUCAAAACAAUCUAUAUUUUACCACAUUGAAAUACAAAAUGCAACAAUACAAAAACUACACAUGAGCAAACCUAUUCAAAGUCUUCUCCCCUUCCAACCAUAAACAACACAAUAAAUUAAGAACCUUUUGCCACUCGGCAUUACAUUUUACAAAUCAAAUUAAUAACUUAUUAUUUCACUAAUAUUAUUAUAUCAUAUUUUUUAUUAUCCAUUAACAUUUUAUUAACUUUUCAGUUUAUUUCUCAUUUAUUAAUAGUUAAACUGAUAGUAGUGAUAGUUAAAUUAAAUUUCAACAAAUUGAACUGUUUUUCUUAAUGCAUCUUUCAUAGACUCAAUGGUGUUCCAUGGAAAAAGACCACAUCUGGACAUAUUCCAAUUAUGAACCAAACAAUUUAAAAGAGUCUAAUAUUGAUUUAUUUGUUUCUGAUUCAAAUCUUGAUGACUCAGACUCUUUACUGAGUUGGGAUUUAAUUACUGGGCUUCCUGCUCUGAAACUGAAAGGAAAUACCUUGGUAAGAUUCAUAUAAAAAUAAUCUCUGACUUAAUCUGCCAAAUAUUACUUUACUCUGAACAUUCAUGACCAAUGUGCUUUGAAAAAACACAUCUUUAAGUACCAGUAUAUGAUUUAUUUUGCUCAAUGCCAUAAUAUUCUUCUAGAGGAUUCCUAUUUUAUUUGGGACAAAAAAAAAUUGAGAAACCAAUAUAAGGUAAUAUAAUAUAUAUAUAUAUAUAUAGGAGCCAGAAUGAUCAAGUCAUUGAUUGUGGGCCCUCAAAAUAAAGAAGAAGAAGAAGAUAUAAAUAAUAUAAUACUUAGAUAAUUGUUGCACAAAAGCCGAGGCUCUUUAUCUUUUUACAGCACAGUACCCCCUCUCACUUUCAUAACAUUUACCACAGCCCCCCCCCUCCCCCUCUUUUUAAGAGUAUUGUAUUAAAAUAAAUAAAAUUAUUCUGUCAUGAUUAUUUUCCUUAUUUAAUUAACUUGCUAGAAACAAAAAUCACCACAAAAACAUAUGUUGCAAAUAAACAUGCCAAAAACCUGAUUAUCUCAGUCAUCCUGCACCCCUGGUUAAGAAGCCCAGCACCAAGUUAUUAUAACUAUAUAUAUUGACACUUCAAAUAAAGUCUUACUAGGCUGAUCCUGGAAUGGAAGUCUGUGGUGCACUUCUCGCAGGAGAACUUUGAGUCAACUUUGGCUAAAUUUGGCAUUUCAUCAUACUGUUUUUAUUUACAAGGGCUUUGUUUUGCAUAUCUUCUGCCUGUUUGACUCCCUCACACACUGCUGUUUGCCACCUGGAAAGGUCCUCAGUGAUAAUCUCCCAUUUGUUGAUUUCUAUGUUGGCUUCCCCCAUUUUCCUUUGGCAAACAUCCUUAAAUCGCAGAUUCAUUGGAAUGCGGCCUUCCUUCAUUCUCCUUACAUGACCUAACCAGCUAAGGCACCUCUUUCUAACAGCUGAGUGCAUGCUACACAUUUUGGCAUGUUCAGAAACCUCAGUGUUAAGCAAUUUGUCCUGCCAUCGGAUUGGCAAAAUGUUAUGCAGACAUCUUUGGUGGAAACUGUUGUGUUUCCUAUUGUAACUGGCAUAUGUGGUCCACUGCCAUAAUGGAGCGUAAUGAGAACACAUGCAGACCCGAGAGCCUGUUAUUAUUACUAUAUGAGUAUUGUGAAGAAAAAUGUUGCAUGAAGUGUGAAGAUAAAAGUUCUACUGAGAUCACACAGAAAGAUAUGUGUUCAACUCAGACAAAUGCUUCACUAGAAUUCUGUUAUUCUGUUUGGAAAUCUAUUUUCAUAUUAAUUAACACAAAGUGUAGUCCCACAUUACAGAUAAGUACACAGAUUUUAAAAGAUUGUCCAGUUUCAUUAGUACUGACCCUAUGUUAAGGAUGUUAUAGCUGUUUUAAUGUCGGCAUGAUAAGUCAACAUAUGCAUUACAAGUUUUCAAUGAUAAUAUGAGUCAUAAUUAAAAGUACUGGUGAUUAAGUUUUGAGAAUCUUAUCUCUAGCCUGCCAUUUGUGCCAACCUUCCCUUUUCUUACAUAUAUUAAUUUUUCCUUUUUGCAGACAUCAGGUCCUCAUAAAUCCACUCUUGAUCAUGAAGAGCAUCUUAUAAUGUCUGACAAAGAACCUAAAAGCUGUAAGUAGAUUUAAUAUGUAUAUAUAAAAAAAAUUGAACAUUUUGUGGAUGUUUUCUGCCUAUGUUUCUUCAUGGAUUGAUGGAUCUUGACCACACUUGGCACUUGUAUCCAUCAUUAUCCAGAAUGAAAUGGGAGGGGGGGGGUGUGACAUUACAAUUACAAUUCCGUUUGGGAUCGGAGGCACUAAAAUUAAUUUUUUUUCUCCUUAUAUGAGCUAUGUAUAUAUAUAAUUUCAAAAAUAGCUAUUGUAUCGGUGGAUGAAUCUAGACCAAACUUAUUAAACAUACACUUGACUAUCCAUAUUCAAAUACUGAUGGGUACUGAACUUAUAAUAUCCACUAUUAUUUAUUAUAAAAGUUAUGUAAAUAACAGUUGACUUAGAUAAUUGUAGAGGCUUAUACAGGAAUUGAUCGAUCUUGGCCAAGCUUAGUAGCAAUUGCCAUCAUCAUCGAUAUUGAAAUAUCGGUGUAUUUAAAUGUAAGAAUAUCCAAUCAAUUAAGGGCCAGUCUCGAAUUUUCCAGAAUGUUAAUUUAUAAGACUAAAACUAUGAUAUUUUUAAGCUGAUUUUGAUGGGAAAACUUUUUCAUUUUACCUCCAUUAUUAUAUAUCUGAAUGUUUUUUAUAGGGCCGCUUAUCUUAGUCAUAAAUAAAACGUUACUGUAUGGAAUGGGCCACCACCGGAUUCCCUCUUUUAACUUAAUUGAAAAAUGGUUAUAGCAUUUUGUUGUAGAUUUUUUCAUGACAAAAAAAAAUUACAUAGAAAGGUCAUUUUUCACGUUUCGAGGAGGGUGUUAUACUAUAGCCUAUGUCUUCGCAUAUUAUUUCAUUUCAGGGUAAAGCUAUUUUUUGCCCCCACCAUUUGUCUCGCGCUAAGUAUGGCAUUGAUAUUGUCAUCACUGAGUAAAUGUGCUGAGUCAUUCCCUUACCCACCCUUCCUUGGUUGGGAAAAGAUUGUUUACAUUUGAAUUCGUUAUAUUUGUUCUAAAGAAUGCCAUCAGGUGACAAGUUAUAAUGCUGAAAAAUCCAAAAGUGUAUUUUGGAUAAUAAAGUUAAAAUAUUUGGAGAUAUUUCUAACAACUGUGAUUUUUGUCCUACCUAAACACAGGUCUUGAGUCCUUUGUUCUAUUUACUAUUCUUUUAUAUUUAAUUCAUUAUUUUUAUUUUUCAGACCAAAAUCCAGUCUUUUCAGCCAGUGAGGUGGAAAGUGACAAUUGUGCUGUGGUUCUGGCUCCAGACACUGUCAGGUAUUUUAGGAUGUCUUUCCUUUAGCAUUUAUUAUUUUUGGUCAUUGAUUUAAUCAUUUUUUUUUCUGCAUUACAUAAUUUUGUUACAUAGACUUCUUGUUUUCGUGUAUACCACCCUCCUGAAGUUAUAAACUUGUACUGCUAAUAAUUUUCAAUAAUGAAUAGGAAUAGUUGAAUGCUAAUUAUUAAGGUCUACUCCCAUGAAGACUACCGGAGAUUUGAAAUUAACAAAUCUACUGUUUCCUUUGUAUGUAACAUUUUGCUUUGUAGUUGUGAGAUAUCAUUUUGACUACCGGUAUCUGGAAAAUAUAUCACACUAACAAAUUGACGAAAAACAUGCAUCAGUCAUACCAACUAUAAAUAGUGUAAAAUAUUAAAACAAAUACUUAGUAAUUUAUUAAUAAUUUAAAAAAACAACAAAUAAUGGUUAUAAUUUACCCAUGCAUGUAUCUGUUUUAUUUCUCUAAGUUUUUUGUUUAAAAUUUCAGUGAUGUCACCUCGAGUGAAAGUGAUAAAAAUGUUACUGUUGUUGACAGAUUUUUUAAAAGUGAGUUCUCUUAUUUAAAUCUUAAAUUCAAAUUUUAACACUAGAACUUAUUUCACAUCUAUGAAGUAAUUGUUUUGAAUGAAUCAGUUACAUGUUAUGUAUAAUGACAGUUUUUGUAUGACCUUUUCCAGAGCUUUAGUUUAAUGUAAAAUUUGUUUAUUAUCAGUUAACGUUAAAAUGAUACUGAAAAAAAAACAUGUAAAUCUGUACGUCCUUUUCGUAUUUCUAAUUCAGUAAUUCUAACAUUUUAUUAUUGCUUCCAAAACAAUAAGUCUUUGAAUUUUAUUUCCUAUUUUUGUUUGUUUCUUGUUUUGUCUGCUGAAUUAGGCAUCUGGCCCAAACAUGGUUUUGAUUGUUCUUUCUAUUCAUCUCAAGCUUUAACGUAUAUUGUUAGACUUUUACUACUUAGCAGAUGAUCAAAAAGCAGCAGAAGGCAAAAUCACCUUGACACCAGCUAAACAUAUUAGAAGUUUACAUCUGUCAGGUGAACCAAGUCUUGUUCCAGACACUUUAAUGGACAGUUGGUAGGUCGAUUGUUUACUUCAGUAUUCAUUACUACAUUUUUAUCAUAUCAUUGUUUUAAGAUUACUGAAUAAAAAUGUGUUUCAAAUAUCAUUAUUAUUUAAGUUAAUGAAUGAUGCUUACGAUAAUUAUUCAGUGAAAGGAAACAUCUUGGGGUUGUUAGACGAGUAAACUAAUUACCUUGGAGUACAUUACCACCCGAAGGCACUCGAAGGCAGAAUUUGUGAGAGUUUGAUUUUUAACACCAUCAAGUCAUAUUGUGUAAUUCGAGAUAAUUGGAAGAAAGGCUUAUUCUCAAUUAUAUGAGUAGGGAUAUCCAUUAUGGCUACCUUGAUGUAUUUUCAGUUAACUGAUUCUUUUUUUUUAAAAACUUUUUCAUUGUCUAGUGAUGAAAUUGAAGCCACUCCCACUAUCAUACCAGACUCUCCAACCACUUAUAACCCAGGUAUAUUUCUCUUGAUAGAACAUAAUUUAUAGCUUCUUCCCACAAUCAUGAAUAAGAAAGAAUUUCUAUAUUGAUCCAAGCAAAUUGAAAUUUGUUUUGAUUACAUUGUUCAAAUUUUUAAAAAGUAAUUUUCAAAUAAUAAAAACCAGCCACCCUUGUCUUAAGAAGAAUGAUUAUAUUAUAUAAGAGUCUUUAAGGUAAGAAUGAUAGCAAAAGUUUGACAAUUUGCUGUGCCAAUGAUCCUUUAUCAGAGAACUUUAGAUGUGUGGUGAAGUAUAUUUUUAAAGAUUCAUUUCAGCUGGGUUGUCUGAAGAGGAUGAAGAACUUGAUGACGUUGUUUCUUUCAAGCAGCACAAAGUAAGCACUGAUUUCCAAUCUGUAAUGAAGAGCACACUCAUGGUUUUUGGUACUUCCAAUUUGUCUAAUCCCUUGAAUCAAUUUAUGAAACAAUGAUGUUCAUAUAUUUUGUUGCUGUGAUGUUGCCAUUAAAAAAAUGUAAAACCUUUUUAAUUUUCUUGCAUAAAAGGAAAAUAACUUUAUUAAUAUAAAAUCAGUAAAAAGAACUCGGUCUUCCUUAUAUCGAAUAAUUAAUUAGAUUAUAUCACUCACUUUUCUUUACAGUUUGACAAACUUUCAAGUCAAGGAAGAGCAGGCGAGUGUUUGAAUCAUAAUAUAUAAGCAUGUAUUCAGUGUCUGAUAGGACACCAAAUUAUGCAUUUCUAAAUAUUGGUUUCACAUUGAGUUCAGGUUCCAAGACCAAACGCUAAACAUUUUGUUCUCAUGUAAAGUCUGUUGAUCAAUAGCUUUAGUUAUUACAAAUAAAUGGUAGAUCUAAAGAGAAAGUAUUUAAAAUACUUAUUUUUAUUUGAUAUUAAUUAUAUUUUCAUUAUUUGGUAUUUAAAAGACUUUAAUACAUUAUUUUAUAUGCUAGGCCAUUGUUGCAAAGUUUCAUUUACAUGAAUAUUUUCCAUUAAAUGGUUUUUGACCUACGUAAUUUCAUAAUGAAAUAUGAUAAUUACUUGCAAUGUUAUUAAUAUGUAUGGUGACAUUUAAAAAAAGAACUAUAAAAUAAUUAAGCAGAGAACAAAUAUUUGUUUCUCCUAUGUUGAAUUUAUUGUUUGCCCUUGUUUACAGUUUUGGUUGUUUCUUGUUUUUUCCUUAUAUUUUUACCUUUUUGUUGAGGUUUUCUUUUGACAAGUGUUUUGUUACAGUGGGUUAGAUAAACCCAAGCAUUUUAACCAUCAAACUUUCUGCACCAUUUCUCCAGAGUCUCAGAGUUUUCACUUGAAGUUAACACCUUCUCAGGAUGAUGAUGGUAAUAUUAAACUACAGCACAGCUAUUCAAGCUCCAAUAUACAAUUUAAAAAAAAAUUAUAUCCAAUGUUCCCUAAUUAAUUAUAAAUAAAAACUUUAAGCAUAUGUAUUAUCUCAGAUAAUUUAUUUACAUCUUGAAAUCAAUAUUUCACUUGAUUAGGGAAAAACUAUCAAGAAUUAGCUCAAGGGGAACUUUUUUUUAUUGGAUCCAUAUUGUCUCUUUACAUGUUCAAUCAUAAUCUACAUUUGCCUACUAGAGUAAACCUAUAAAAUAUCUAUAAAAUCUACAUAACUUAUAUUUAAAAUAUUCAUAAAAUAUUAAAUUAUUUAUAAAAUUCUUAUUUGGAUCAAAUGAAGAAUAUAUUUUUAUCGAGACUUUUUUUUUUUUCAAUUAGAGGAAUUAUCCUGUGAAUUACCCACUAUCCAAGUUUCUGUGACUUCACCAUUAAAACUCAAGUAUGUAUCUGUCUGGCGACAGUUUCAAAUAAUUUUUUGAAAGUUUUAAUGAAGGGCCCAUCCAUAUAUAUUAUACAUGCAAAAGAAGUCAGUUUUUAGAUCUUCUCCCCUUUAGCACUCUGUACAUUUUGGGCACAUUAACCUAGGCAUAUACCCUUUAAAGUGAGCUGCCUCUGCCCCCACCUCCCAAUUUAAAUUAACCACCUUUAUUGUGUUGUUAUAUAUUACAAUUCAAAUUUAUUUCACUUAUUUUAAAUAUUGUGAUUUAGUCUUCUUUAUGGAGCAUGGAGCUCUCUUCCCAACCCCCUCACUAAUUUUGGGGAAGUGGGGUGCUGUUAAACUUUUAUAGGUUGUAAGCUAGUGUGGCUGAUUGGUUCAGCCAAAUGAAAUAAUUUUGUCACAAAUCACUUCACAAGUACAGUGGACAAUAUUACUGUUCCGAUAUCCAGCCAGUUAAUUGUGAGGCCACAAAGCAACAGUGUGAAACGCUGCGGGAAUAUCUCUAUAGCUUUUUUUUGAAAAUAAUUAGAAUUCAUGGAUUUCACAUAUUUUUGGGCGACAUCUGGCUUUAUGAGAGACUGUCAGAAUUUUAUGGGAACACCCACCACCACCCCCACCCUCCGGCUAUACAUACCAAUGUGCAAAAUCUCCCCUGAAUAGGUCUGUACAUAACAAAUAGUUAGCCCCUGUUUUGAUUUUUCUAUAUAUCAUGAAUCUAUAGCUAUUACCAAAAUGAAGUUUUUUAACAUUACUUUAUAGAAAAAAUUUACAUUUUUUUCUAAGAGCAAAAAAGAGUGAGAGGUUGGGUUUAUUAAAAAAUAAAAAAAAUAUUAUUGUUUGGUUUAUAAGACUAAACUUGGUAUCAAAUGACAGAUAAUUGAUGGACUAUAUGUUUUUAAACUUAUUUCUUCAGUUUAAAUAAAAUAAGUUACAGAAAAUAAACUUAAAAAGUGAAAACCUGAUAUGCAAAACCAUUUUUUCCCCAAACCCUUUGAUGUACGCACACAUCAUCUCCACUUCUAUAACUCAAAUCCUCUAAAACUGCUACAAUCGGAAUCAUGCGCUGGAUCUAAAUAUAACUCAUCUUCACUAUCAAAAGAAAUAGCAUAAAACAUUUCCAAAGCUUUUUGAGCUGUGAAUCGUCUAAGAAACUUACUCACCUACUAGGGCCUAGGGUAGCCAUAGCAACAGUAUUGAUAAAGAAAAAAGAAAAAAAAGAAUAUCAAUAAAAUUAUGCUUCAAAUGACAACAAAUAAACCUUGGUUUGGCUCAUAAAUGAUGAAGCACCACACCUUUAUGUAAAAGUCUAAUUAAAAAAAGAUUAACCGAGAAAUAGCAAAGUAACAACCCUGAUAUGGAAACAACGCACAGCGUGUUGGUCCGUGCUUUUUAGAACGGUGGAGAAAGUACUGUGGCGUUGUGCUGCAGCUAAAGAGUUAAUAGUCUUUAAUUAGUAAUUUUUUAUUUAUUUUUUUAAAUUAUUUGUUAAAUAGCUGUCGCAUAAUAGCAUAUAUUUUUCUAAUAUUUCUUAUUAUAGAGUUCAAAGUACAACAGCCAAAGCUCAAGUGUUUUCUAAAAAACCUUUAUUUUUCCUACAGAGUAAGUAAGAGAAAGGUUUUCUUUACAAUCUUGGCACACUAUCAAAUGCACUGUAUUUUAACACCUACUUGAUAAAAACUUGCCCGUGGUCUCUGAACAAUGAGACUGGUACAGUCUCAGUAUCAUCAUCUCAUGUCUAGGUACAUGGCUACACUACUGCCCAUUGUCAUUGUUACUUGAUGACAUAAAGACAGAUCCUUGACUUGACACCAUAACAGGUCCAUCACUACACUACUGCCCAUUGUCAUUGUUACUUGAUGACAUAAAGACAGAUCCUUGACUUGACACCAUAACAGGUCCAUCACUACACUACUGCCCAUUGUCAUUGUUACUUGAUGACAUAAAGACAGAUCCUUGACUUGACACCAUAACAGGUCCAUCACUACACUACUGCCCAUUGUCAUUGUUACUUGAUGACAUAAAGACAGAUCCUUGACUUGACAACAUAACAGGUCCAUCACUACACAACUGCUCAUUGACGGCUGCUUGACAACAUAUAGACAGAUGCUUUAUGACAUAUGGCAUGCACAUAACAACACUACUCAUUGACAAAUUACUUGAUGAUGUAGAAAGAUACUUGACCUGACAACAUAUAGGCAGGUACAUGACUACAGGACUCCUCAUCGACUGUUACUUUAUGACAUAUACAGACCUGUUUACUCUUACGAUUUUGGCGAACAAUGUACGAUUUUGGCGUACAAUGUAUGAUUUUGAGGUGUAAACAUUAUAUAUACUGUAUGUUUAUUUUUUACUAUAAAUAUAAGGUACUGAACAAUUAUGUGAUGAUAUUGUACGAGUUUAAGAGUUUGAGAGUAAACAGGUCUGCACUAAUGAACAGUACUUGACUUUGUAUAGACAUUCAUGGCAGCAUUUAGACGAGUAUUUGACAACGUUUAGGUUACACAGGUUAGCAGGUAUUGAUUGAUGUCCUCUAUAGAUUCAAAUCUUACUACAGUGAAAGCAAUCAUUUUGUUUCAGUCUACAAGCACUUGUGUUUUAUGUUAAUUUCAUAAAAACACAUGAGUUUAAAGAUUUGUUUAAAGAUUUUUUAUUCUUUGACUAAAAUGGAAAGACUGACACAUUUAUUUAUACACCAACUAGAACCUGCGGCAUCGGUGGAUGAUGUUGACAUCAAUGAUGAGUCUGAGGGCAGCAUGAGCGUAUUCAAACGGGUCAAAUCUGGGAACUUGACUCCACAAAAAACAAAGAGAAUCAGAGAAGACAGGUAAAGAAAAAUCAAUGAUAAAUAAAUGAUAAAUCACAGCUUCCAGAAGUCAGUUUAAAAUUAGGUCCUACAGAAGUUGACAGAAAUCAGUUAUUCUAUGUUUAGGAUCUUGGAAGUUGGGGUUGUUUAGCUAGCAAACAUGAGACUCUCUGCUAACAUUGUUGGCUUGUUAUUGGAUUGAUGUGUCAAAUAAGGACACAGGUAAAUAACUGGUAGUUUGUGUGACUUGACUCAAAGAAGUUACAUGGAGUCUAAUAGAAUUGGUGAAUGGACACUACAGUCACUUACAUACCAUACACCACACACAUCAUACACCACACACAUCAUAUACCACACAUCAGAUAACACAUAUACCACACCACCACACAGAUAAACCACACCACCACACACAUCAUAAAUCACCACAUACACCGCACCAUCACAUAUGCUAUGCCGCCUCACACGCAUACAUCAUGCCACCACACACAUAAUCCACCACCACGUCAUACAACAUACCACACAAUUCACUACUAUACAGAAUACACCCCAUGCAUAAUACACUACCACAAUACACCAUCAACACACAAUACGCUACCACACAUAAACUACCACCACCACAACUUAUGCACCAAACACUAUACACCUCAUACAAUACAAUACACCACCACACACAUAUUGAAUUAUAAAUCAUUUACUAUAAGUGCACGGAUUUCAUGAAGUGGACUACAAUAACUUUUUAUUUCACUAUGUUCUCCUCUCAGCAAUGACUUUCUUGAAACUAAAACACUUAAAAGGAAGCUACAAAUUCCUGGCAGUUCCCCAUCAAGCAAACAAGCAACGAGUGGCAGCUCCAAGACCUCACAGAAACUAAACACAUCCAAGUGGCUGGACAAAAGACUAACAUUUCUUGAUGAAGGGUCCAGCUCCAAGACUUCACAGAAACUAAACACAUCCAAGUGGCUGGACAAAAGACUAACAUCUCUUGAUGAAGGGUCCAGUUUAAAGCUUGUUGAAGAGUCUCAUCCUGUGGAUUCUGCGGACAUGACCUUGUCCUAUGAAUAUGAAGCUCCUGGUCAAAUCCAGGAAAGUGGGGAUGAUGCCGCUGAUCCUGUUAUUAUUUCUUCCCCUGAGCAUGAGGCUGUCACUUCGGCUGUCACUUCGCCCCAUCAACAAUUGACCAAUAUCGGAAAGGUUAAAAACAUUUCCCAGAAACAUGAAGAGCUUGACAGAGGUGAUGACAUGGAUCAAAUGAAGUCUGUCGGACAGCCGACCAGUUCACUGAUCGGUUUGUCUUCACUUAGUAGAGAUCCUCAAACUGUGACAUCGGGGAAAGAUGUUAUCAAUGUUGACUCAGGAGCUUUUACCAAAUUAAGACCCCAAGGAGAACAGAGAAUCAUUACAAUGCCAGAAGCAACAGAUCAUGACAAAACUGCAUCAGCUGAAUGCACGGUGGGGCCCGAGGAGACCAUGCAAUACGGCAGAUCUGUAAACAAUAUUAAUAAUAACAACUUGACCAAUCUCAAUAUGGCUGGACAAAACCCCAGGUAGGUUUAAUCAGCCAGGAGCUAAUAUGCAUCAUCAGACCUGUUUACUCAUACGAUUUUGGCGUACAAUGUACGAUUUUGAGGUGUAUACAUUAUAUAUACUGAUGUUUAUUUUACUAUUAAGAUAAUGUAUUGAUUGAUUUUGUGAUGAUGUACGAUUUUAAGAGUUUGAGGGUAAACAGGUCUGCAUCAUUAUGAACUAUAGAUUUACUUUCAAUCUCAUUUCCUCCUCUAUGUGAGAUGACAUAAGAAUAUAUUUGAAUUAUAAAAGCAAUACUGUUUUAAUGCAUAGAUUUUCCUUUAAAUUAUUUGACGUCAAAAUUUGCACCUUUUUUCUAUCUCUCUACAUGUAAGCACCACUAUGUCUCAGCCAAAGUCCAGGGAAUCUCAACUUGUAAUUCAUGAUGAAGUUUUUACCAAACCUUCAUUCAAGCAGAAAAUCAAAUCUCCUCUAGAAAGAAGAACAUCAUUUGUUAAAAUAAGACUGCGGAAAAAAACUCCAGUGAGGAAGGUGUGGUACAAUAGCUUGUGUAAAGCUCAGAGUUAUGCAGUACAAUAGCUUGGGUAGAGCUCAGAGUUAUGUAGUAAAAUAGCUUGUGUGAAGCUCAGAGUUAUGCAGUACAAUAGCUUGGGAAUAGCUCAGUUAUGUAGAAAAAUAGCUUGUGUAAAGCUCAGAAUUAUGCAGUACAAUAGCUUGGGUAUAGCUCAGAGUUAUGCAGCACAAAAGCUUGAGUAUAGCUCAAGUUAUGUAGUAAAAUAACUUGUGUAUAGCUCAGAGUUAUGUAGUAAAAUAGCUUGUGUAUAGCUCAGAAUUAUGUAGUAAACAAAAUGAUAUAACAUUAACUUAUUUUAGCCACAUAAAAAAAAAUACCUUCUUAAUAUAAACAUCUUUUAAACCAAUAGAAAACUUUAUAAGACCAAAUUAUGUGAGGCUGCUUUUGAGGAAGACCAUUCAAGAUAUAUAGCUGGAAAAGGCUAACCAAUUGCGAUACUUUAUAAUAAUUUUACCCAAAAAUAUUUAAUUUCCAUAUACUCCAAAACUGAACACAUUAAACGGGAUAGUAAGAAUUAAUUAUUUUAUGCCAGCCAGCCAAUGGGAACAAUGUUUCAAACAAGUGAUAACACAUUUCAGAAACAGGAACACACAUUUUUUUCACCUGAUAAAAUGGUAUUCUAAAAUAAAACUGUUACGGUGGUGUCUUCUGUAGACAGACCAUAAAUCGUCCUCCACCGAUGACUCGACCUGUAAGACUAAGCCAGCUCGUCCACAUAAACUAAGGCUACAGGCCAAAAGGAAAUCCAAGUCAUCACUGGACCAAGAUGCUGCUCAAGACCAGCCGACUGCUGGUCAGCAAGUGACAACAUUGGCAACAGACCCUGGUCCGUCUGGCCUUGCUGUUGGAAAUAAAUCUGAGAAUGUGAUGUCCACAAAAUCAGGUCUGAGUUCUCUUGAGAUAAGUUUUAGGGGAAAAAAAUGUAUGUCUAUCUUAAUUAGAUCACAGUAAAAUUGACUGAUUAUAAGAGUUUUGGACUGUGAUAAAGCUUUAAAAUAGAUGAAGGCAUUUGCCGAAACGUUUACUUGUGUAUUAUGUAAAAUUAUCAUUAAAGCUGAACAUACAUUGUUUUAUUGACACAAAUUGUUUGUGUCUAAUAUAUCUAAAAAUUUACUGUAAUUACUAAAAAUUCUUUUUGUGAAUAUUUAUUUGAUAUUUGAAAAACAUCUUUUAGAAUUUCUGAAAAAGUCUUGAGGUACAAUAAGGAGAUAUUUAAAUAAAUAACAAUGCUAGGAAUGCUGUGUUAUAUUUUACAGAUACAAAUCCGUCUCCUAAAGCUCAAGCCCAAAGUAUGACUGAAACAACUGUUCACACCGACAGUCAAAAUAUUAGGAAGGCAUCAACAGUUAAUUUUUCUGACACUGGACCACGGGAGGUAGUUUUAUUUACUAAUGUCGGUAGAGAAUAGCUACUUCUUCCAUUUAGCCAAUUUGUAAAAAAAAAAUUAUGAAUUUCAUGGUUGUUCUAAAAAUGUAGAGUUUGUGAUGAUAUAUUCAACUGCAAGAGUGCGCUAGUGGUGAUUAUUAGCUAAACCAGUACACAUGAUUGAAUACACAUGAUUGAAUACACUUGAUUGAAUACACUUGAUUGAAUACACUUGAUUGAAUACACUUGAUUGAAUACACUUGAUUGAAUACACUUGAUUGAAUACACAUGAUUGAAUACACUUGAUUGAAUACACUUGAUUGAAUACACUUGAUUGAAUACACUUGAUUGAAUACACUUGAUUGAAUACACGUGAUUGAAUACACAUGAUUGAAUACACUUGAUUGAAUACACUUGAUUGAAUACACUUGAUUGAAUACACUUGAUUGAAUACACUUGAUUGAAUACACUUGAUUGAAUACACUUGAUUGAAUACACUUGAUUGAAUACACUUGAUUGAAUACACAUGAUUGAAUACACUUGAUUGAAUACACGUGAUUGAAUACACUUGAUUGAAUACACUUGAUUGAAUACACGUGAUUGAAUACACUUGAUUGAAUACACUUGAUUGAAUACACGUGAUUGAAUACACAUGAUUGAAUACACUUGAUUGAAUACACGUGAUUGAAUACACUUGAUUGAAUACACUUGAUUGAAUACACGUGAUUGAAUACACAUGAUUGAAUACACUUGAUUGAAUACACUUGAUUGAAUACACUUGAUUGAAUACACGUGAUUGAAUACACUUGAUUGAAUACACUUGAUUGAAUACACGUGAUUGAAUACACUUGAUUGAAUACACUUGAUUGAAUACACAUGAUUGAAUACACUUGAUUGAAUACACGUGAUUGAAUACACGUGAUUGAAUACACUUGAUUGAAUACACGUGAUUGAAUACACUUGAUUGAAUACACAUGAUUGAAUACACUUGAUUGAAUACACAUGAUUGAAUACACUUGAUUGAAUACACGUGAUUGAAUACACGUGAUUGAAUACACUUGAUUGAAUACACUUGAUUGAAUACACGUGAUUGAAUACACUUGAUUGAAUACACUUGAUUGAAUACACAUGAUUGAAUACACUUGAUUGAAUACACAUGAUUGAAUACACGUGAUUGAAUACACGUGAUUGAAUACACUUGAUUGAAUACACAUGAUUGAAUACACGUGAUUGAAUACACUUGAUUGAAUACACGUGAUUGAAUACACUUGAUUGAAUACACUUGAUUGAAUACACGUGAUUGAAUACACUUGAUUGAAUACACAUGAUUGAAUACACGUGAUUGAAUACACGUGAUUGAAUACACUUGAUUGAAUACACAUGAUUGAAUACACUUGAUUGAAUACACUUGAUUGAAUACACGUGAUUGAAUACACUUGAUUGAAUACACGUGAUUGAAUACACUUGAUUGAAUACACUUGAUUGAAUACACUUGAUUGAAUACACUUGAUUGAAUACACUUGAUUGAAUACACUUGAUUGAAUACACGUGAUUGAAUACACUUGAUUGAAUACACGUGAUUGAAUACACUUGAUUGAAUACACUUGAUUGAAUACACUUGAUUGAAUACACAUGAUUGAAUACACUUGAUUGAAUACACUUGAUUGAAUACACGUGAUUGAAUACACGUGAUUGAAUACACUUGAUUGAAUACACUUGAUUGAAUACACAUGAUUGAAUACACUUGAUUGAAUACACGUGAUUGAAUACACUUGAUUGAAUACACUUGAUUGAAUACACUUGAUUGAAUACACAUGAUUGAAUACACUUGAUUGAAUACACGUGAUUGAAUACACUUGAUUGAAUACACGUGAUUGAAUACACAUGAUUGAAUACACUUGAUUGUAUACACUUGAUUGAAUACACGUGAUUGAAUACACUUGAUUGAAAACACUUGAUUGAAUACACAUGAUUGAAUACACUUGAUUGAAUACACAUGAUUGAAUACACUUGAUUGAAUACACGUGAUUGAAUACACUUGAUUGAAUACACUUGAUUGAAUACACGUGAUUGAAUACACAUGAUUGAAUACACUUGAUUGAAUACACGUGAUUGAAUACACAUGAUUGAAUACACUUGAUUGAAUACACGUGAUUGAAUACACUUGAUUGAAUACACUUGAUUGAAUACACGUGAUUGAAUACACUUGAUUGAAUACACUUGAUUGAAUACACGUGAUUGAAUACACAUGAUUGAAUACACUUGAUUGAAUACACGUGAUUGAAUACACUUGAUUGAAUACACUUGAUUGAAUACACGUGAUUGAAUACACUUGAUUGAAUACACAUGAUUGAAUACACUUGAUUGAAUACACUUGAUUGAAUACACUUGAUUGAAUACACGUGAUUGAAUACACUUGAUUGAAUACACGUGAUUGAAUACACGUGAUUGAAUACACUUGAUUGAAUACACUUGAUUGAAUACACAUGAUUGAAUACACUUGAUUGAAUACACAUGAUUGAAUACACGUGAUUGAAUACACGUGAUUGAAUACACUUGAUUGAAUACACGUGAUUGAAUACACUUGAUUGAAUACACUUGAUUGAAUACACUUGAUUGAAUACACAUGAUUGAAUACACUUGAUUGAAUACACAUGAUUGAAUACACGUGAUUGAAUACACGUGAUUGAAUACACGUGAUUGAAUACACUUGAUUGAAUACACGUGAUUGAAUACACGUGAUUGAAUACACUUGAUUGAAUACACUUGAUUGAAUACACAUGAUUGAAUACACGUGAUUGAAUACACGUGAUUGAAUACACUUGAUUGAAUACACUUGAUUGAAUACACUUGAUUGAAUACACAUGAUUGAAUACACUUGAUUGAAUACACAUGAUUGAAUACACUUGAUUGAAUACACGUGAUUGAAUACACGUGAUUGAAUACACUUGAUUGAAUACACUUGAUUGAAUACACGUGAUUGAAUACACUUGAUUGAAUACACUUGAUUGAAUACACUUGAUUGAAUACACAUGAUUGAAUACACUUGAUUGAAUACACUUGAUUGAAUACACGUGAUUGAAUACACUUGAUUGAAUACACAUGAUUGAAUACACUUGAUUGAAUACACUUGAUUGAAUACACUUGAUUGAAUACACGUGAUUGAAUACACGUGAUUGAAUACACUUGAUUGAAUACACGUGAUUGAAUACACUUGAUUGAAUACACUUGAUUGAAUACACGUGAUUGAAUACACAUGAUUGAAUACACGUGAUUGAAUACACGUGAUUGAAUACACGUGAUUGAAUACACAUGAUUGAAUACACUUGAUUGAAUACACUUGAUUGAAUACACGUGAUUGAAUACACGUGAUUGAAUACACGUGAUUGAAUACACAUGAUUGAAUACACUUGAUUGAAUACACUUGAUUGAAUACACAUGAUUGAAUACACGUGAUUGAAUACACGUGAUUGAAUACACGUGAUUGAAUACACAUGAUUGAAUACACUUGAUUGAAUACACUUGAUUGAAUACACAUGAUUGAAUACACAUGAUUGAUACACUUGAUUGAAUACACAUGAUUGAAUACACAUGAUUGAAUACACUUGAUUGAAUACACUUGAUUGAAUACACAUGAUUGAAUACACUUGAUUGAAUACACUUGAUUGAAUACACGUGAUUGAAUACACGUGAUUGAAUACACGUGAUUGCAUACACGUGAUUGAAUACACGUGAUUGAAUACACGUGAUUGAAUACACUUGAUUGAAUACACUUGAUUGAAUACACGUGAUUGAAUGUUUUAAUGUAUUUAACUAUUCCUUGCCCCAACGGGGCAAUUAAAAAGACACUGUGGCAGUCUGCUGUUUACAUCUCUCCCUCAUAACUAGGCCCAGACUCACAAAAUGUUAUUCAAACAAAUUGGUGCUGACUCUCAAUAACAGGAGAGUCAGAGAGCAACCCCAACAAAGUAAAACAAAACUUGCCAGCUAUUCUGAUUGUGACAAAUUAAUAUCUGUGAGAAAAUGAAUUUUAGUUUCGCAAAGAUAAAUCUCCUGGUUAGUAUUGUUACAUAAACAUUCUCUCAUCAAACCAACUUUCUGUUCAGGGUUUUGUUGCAUCAAAACAACCGGCAGAAGGCCCAGAUGUUGAGAGGAGAACAGUAACGAGAACCGUCGUCAUGACCUACACAGUUACACUGAAAACGAAAACACAAGUCUUUAACUCUAAGGGAGAACUUGUGCAAGCUUUUGAAAAAUCUGUGAGUAGUAUUUUAUUUAAUGACUCAUUAGACCAGAUACUUUGGAAUACUAAGAAAAAUAGAUUUCCUAACUAGAUACUUAGCCUCUUAAUUGAGGCAGAGGUCACGUCUCUCACAGUCAUCUUGACCCAACGUCUUCCUCAGAGGUCAAGUCUAUGUCACGAUCUCCAUGACCCAAUGUCAUCAUAACCAUCAUUUUUAAAACUUUAUUUCGUGCAACUGGUUCCUAAAUCAUUUGAAACUUUACUCUAAAAGUUUGUUCCAAAGACAAGACUUAUUACUUUCUUUCAGGAGAUUUUAUUGAAAAAUGAAAGUGAAAGUGGUCCCAUGGAAGAAUCCCAUCAAACCACAGAGCAUUCAGCCCCCACCAUGGUUUCACCAUCAAGAACUUCCAGUACCAUGACUACAGGGGACCUGGCAGACAUUAGCUCAUCAUCACUGUCAAGGACAUUUAGUUCAGGCGAGUUCUUUCAUGUUCCUUACAUUCCCUGGUAAUACACAUCAUCAAGCAAAUAAUUACUGACUUUGACUAGUUGUUGAUUUUUAAAAAAAAUUGUUGUCAUUUAAAUUGUCCACAUUUAAAUAUUAUUCUGCAGGAUCAAAAACAAGCGUUCCCAGUUUGGAAGCUAUCCCAUCAAGUCAGGUUUUACCAAAGCAGCAUUCCACAGGUUUACCUGUCUUGACUGCUCCACAAAAUUCCUCAGACUUACAAGGUAAAGCCAUUCAUGAGUACAGCACUAAAUGGUGCAAUGCCCCCACCACCGACUCCUCCCCUACCCUUUGGGUCUUAACAAUACUCAGAUGAUUUAAGAAAAAAUUCUCAUUGCUGGGGAAAAGAAAAGGUCAAAUGAUAUUUAAAACAAUAUUUUUUAGAUUAGGUGAAGAGCUUUAUGUAUUUACAAAGUUUCGGUUAGCACCUUAUUUGAGAUUGUAUUUAAAAAAUGUUAAAAGUACUCUUUGAUAAUACAGUUUGUGUCGAUUAUUUUGAAUAGAGAUAAAAUUAUUUUGAUGCCCCGACUGGAGUCAAAUUAGGAGAAUCUCUGUACAAUAAAUAGGUUAACUUUUAAUAAAAAGAAUUAUUUUCUAUAUGGUAUAAAUUUACAAUAUUCUUAAUGAUGUACUCAACCUGUUUCCAUUGGUUUAGAGUUUGUGCCACGUGAGGUAGUCUUUGGGUCGGACAAAAUUGUUUAAAAAAUUCAUGACAUUUGCUCCUACUUUUUAACUGCAGGCAAGCAAAGGACCACAAAUCAAGGAGAUUUUGAAAAACCAUCAUCUGACCCGCCAGCAGCCAACACUUUGUCGAAAAGUCAUCUAAAACGACACAGUGGAGGCUCCACUACCGGUCCAGAUCUCUUCGGGACGCCCAAUCAGUCCAUUAUCGAUCGUGCAGACAGCCAACUUGGACAGAUAGUAUCAAGUUCUAAUAGUACACCUCUCUCCCACCCACUCAGUCCCAAAAGUUACCAGAACACUAGUGUUGUUGCAAACAGUGGGAAUGAGAUGCCUGUAAAAAUCACAGAUCAAGAACAAACUAUGCAAGGGGAAAUAGGCGGAGAAAUACCCCAAAGAAAAGAAACGGCAGGUACUCUGAGUUCAGAUGAUGUUGUUGAUGAAACAUCGCUACCUCAUUGUAUUAAAAAACCUUCACCAGAGAGUUCAAAAGACAACAGUGGACCUAGUGCAGACAACAUUCGACCUAAUGCAGACAAUGCUCAAUGUAGUGCAGACAACACUGAUACUAAUACAGGCAAACUGAAGGAAAUUAAAAAGUCUGUUUUUGUAAAAUCGAUCGCUGACCAAGGAGACUCUGCAGACCUGCAAAGCACUGGCUUUAGUUUACAAGGAUUGCCGCCAUCAAAAGCAAGUGGAGAUUCUCUUAAGGGGCCUAGUCAAAAAGGUAUGUGACCAGAAUAGUACAUUUGUUCUUACUAAAGUCUUUUCAAAUAUGGAUAAAUAAAUUAACACAGGAGUAAGCAUUGUUUUAAAUAUUUGUUUUACCUCCAGUAAUUGAUUCAUCCUUUGUUUUAGUACAUGUUAUGAUUGCAAUAGAUUCAUCCUUUGUUUUAGUACAUGUUAUGAUUGCAAUAGAUUCAUCCUUUGUUUUAGUACAUGUUAUGAUUAGCAAUCGAUUCAUCCUUUGUUUUAGUACAUGUUAUGAUUGCAAUAGAUUCAUCCUUUGUUUUAGUACAUGUUAUGUUAAGUUAUUGAUUCUUCCUGUGAUUCGUAUGUUAUGUUCAUCUAUGGAUUCACCAGGUGUUUAGUAUGUGUUAUGUUUAACUAUGGAUUCACCUUGUGUGCAGUACAUGUUUUAUUUUAGCUACGGAGUCACCUGUUGUUUAGUACCUAUAAUGAUAUAUUAUGACACAAAUUUGGUUAAUAACAAAGUGAUAACAAAAGAAAUUAAUCACAUUAGAGCAGCCAUUAUGUUUAUGUGCAAUAGAAGUUUUGAUAUAAAUAAUGUUGCUUGCACAUGUAAGUUUCCUGACAAUGCAAACAUUUUAUUAUUUUGUUUAUGUGUUUUUAAGGAGGAGAGAACAAAUCUAGUAGCAGUGCCGUCAGGUUAGUUGAAGUGCUUUCCUUCUUUACUUUUGGUCUAAUUGGCAAGUACAGGUAUAACAUGUGGCCAACAAUGUGUGACCUUGUGCCAACAAUGUGUGACCUUGUGCCAACAAUGUGUGACCUUGUGGCCAACAAUGUGUGACCUUGUGGCCAACAAUGUGUGACCUUGUGGCCAACAAUGUGUGACCUUGUGCCAACAAUUUGUAACCUUGCAAAGUUUCUUAUUCAAUCUGUAUGUUAUAAAUUAAAAGCAAAAUCUUUAAGGUUACCAAGUGCCUGGAAUUUUUGUUGCAUUUUAAAAACGAUUUUGCCGUACUGUUGAAAAGCCUUUCACAGAUUUCACUUGACAUUUUUAUGUGUAAGUUUUAAUGGGACAAGGAUAUAAAAACAAAGUUAAAUUAUUUUUAAAUUAAAGAUUCAUCAGCAUUGACAACAGGUUUAUUUUUUUUUUUUUUUUUUUUGCCUAAAAAUUUCCUUUCAAGGAAAAUUGAUGGUGAAAGAUCAGAUUUUAUUUUUAACGGAAAAAGUUAAAUUAUUUUUAAAUUAAAGAUUCAUCAGCAUUGACAACAGGUUUAUUUUUUUUUUUUUUUUAGCCUAGAAAUUUCCUUUCAAGGAAAAGUGAUGGUGAAAGAUCAGACUUUACUUUUAACGGACUACAGAAGUAAAUUAGAACUAGGUGAGUUGAGUUUCUCUGUCUCAUCAAAGUUUAUUAGAAUGUUUUUACAUUUCUUACUAACUAUCGGACAGAAAAUUUCAAUUAAACGGACAUUCUAAAAAUCUAAAUUAAUUUUUUAAAAAUAAUAAUAAUAAUUUUUGUUUUCCAAUAUUCAGGUGCUAAAGUUAUGGGAAGAUGGAAAGAUGGAUUUUUUUACCCAGGAAUUUUAAACAAGAUUGACAAUAGCAGGCAAAAGUAUGUCUUAUAUGUUUCAAUCUUUUCAACUAGGAUAGAAACUUAAAGGCUUGUUUAUUUUCUUAAUAAUGUAACAUGAUGUUCAUUGUUUGCAAUACACUACUAUAACUUGUAAUGUAUAACUUUAACUAUAUUACAUAUUAUUUAAAGUAUCACCUUCAUUUAGAUGAUUUCUAUAUGCAGAGCUAUGUAAUUAUAAGUAAUACUUUGGAUAGCGAUUUAAAACUUUGAACUGUGUGGUUUUUUAAAUAAAAUAUUUAUCACGAAGGUGCAAUUCCGAAGUCCAUAAAACUUUUUUCAAAAAUGUAUGAAUUUUAGUAUUCAAAAAUUUAUGAAUUUUAGUAAUCAUGAAAAUGAUUAUGUAAGCCCACGCAGAUUACAUGCAUUAUGAUGAACAACAGAAAGGAAUUUUAUUUCCAUUACUUCAGAUAAUAAAAUAGAAACACAUUACAGAUCAAGAUGAAUCAAUUUUGCUAAAUAAUUUCAAUAUAUAGUGUGUUUUGUUGAUUUUUGUUUUUUCAAAUUUGCUUCAACCUAACAAUCAAAUCUAUGCAAUGUGUUUCUUCGAGAUUACUAAUUUAGGCUACUGUACAUAAAACUAUAUCACCCAUACUAAUUUAGGCUACUGUACAUAAAACUAUAUCAGCCAUACUAAUUUAGGCUACUGUACAUAAAACUAUAUCACCCAUACUAAUUUAGGCUACUGUACAUAAAACUAUAUCACCCAUACUAAUUUAGGCUACUGUACAUAAAACUAUAUCAGCCAUACUAAUUUAGGCUACUGUACAUAAAACUAUAUCACCCAUACUAAUUUAGGCUACUGUACAUAAAACUAUAUCACCCAUACUAAUUUAGGCUACUGUACAUAAAACUAUAUCACCCAUACUAAUUUAGGCUACUGUACAUAAAACUAUAUCACCCAUACUAAUUUAGGCUACUGUACAUAAAACUAUAUCACCCAUACUAAUUUAGGCUACUGUACAUAAAACUAUAUCACCCAUACUAAUUUAGGCUACUGUACAUAAAAAUAUAUCAGCCAUACUAAUUUAGGCUACUGUACAUAAAAAUAUAUCACCCAAAUGAAUUGUGCUUAUAUUUAUUCAAUUAUGAUGUUAAUAAGGUUUCAUAACUACAUCUUAGUUUUUUCCUAGAAUUACAAGUUUUGUAUAAAAACAAUAAAAAUAUGGAUUGAGUGCUAAUGGAACAAUUUAAUACAUAUUUUGUGUUCCCGGUCUCCGUUUGACAAGUCUGUGGUGGCUUGUCGAUUAGAAGGCAUCGGCCACCGACCCCCUCGACGUUACCCGGGGAACACAACUACUGGGCGCGUCCUGCGUGGGCAGACAACGGAUGUGCUCGGUACCUGCCGUACAUAAAACAGCUCCUACAGGGCUGCCAGUUGUGAUAUUUCCCAACUGGAACAAUAGGCAGAGACAGGGUAGGGAUCCUGAUUACAAGUUGCCGUUAAUGGAUAUGAGGCAAAGGUGGUAACCUCUGGCCGAUGAUUCUUUACUACGCAGCCCUGAGAAGCUGCUCCAAGGCAACCGUUUCGUCCCAGCUGCGUCGCGAAUUAGUUGUGUUGUGGAAACCCACUGUAGAAUCCCUCUUAUAGGGCGUCGAACGCUUCCCCGGGAUGGGUGGGGGAAGAUAUUAGGACGUAAAUUUUUCCAUCCCGACGCCUGAGAAAGUCGAUCGUGUGCACUGUGUGCAAACACAGUGUCGGACCGACUGGGUGUCUUUGGGUUAGGAAGGCCCCCGGCGGAGAGCCUGGUCGAGCAGACUCAGGUGGGGACUGUCCUAACAAAGGGACAUCCCCAACGUACCGCUCCGCGGCCCAAUACCGGGUUAGGGAGGGGUGUAUUGGGGAGAGCAUAAAGAGCGCAAGCUUGACGGCCCGCUGACGCCAUUUCUUAAUGUAAUAAUACAUAUUUUGUAAACUUAAUAUCAGCAAUCAAUCUUGACAGCUUGUUUCAAAAGCACACAAUUGGUAAAGGAAUAAUAAAAAAAAAUAAUAAUUUUUUUCAGAUUCUUGGUCAAGUUUGAUGAUGGGUCUCAAUGUUCAGUGAAACCAAAUGAAAUAAUCUUAGCGGCAGCACUGCCUGUUGGACAGAGUGUCAUGGUCCUUACACCUAGUGGCUUUUAUGAGCCUGGUAUGGUAAUGGCACAUAGCAAAGGUCAAGAGACUGAUGGUGUUCAACUGGAUGUCAUACAUUUGGUGGAGAGAGAUGACGGUGAGAUGCAAAGGUAAGUGUAUCAUGACUAUCAAUACUGUACAAAUGUGGUUAGAUGCUGGUGAGAUGCAAAAGUAAGUCUAUUAUGACUCUCAGUAAUGAACAAAUGUGGUGAGAGAUGAUGGUGAAAUGCAAGAGAUAAAUCUAUUAUGAUGGGUGGGAAAACGUUUUGUGCCGAGGGCCACAUUGACAAAUGUAAUGCUAUUGGGGGGCCGCAUGUAUAUUAUGUCCAAUUUAUUACAUGUCGAUAAACAUUUCUCUAUAUUACAAUUGGCAAAUUCUCAUUUUAGCAUUACAUGACAAAAGUCAAGGACUGUUUACAAAAAUUACAAAGAAAUUUGAUUGAAAAUGUUAAAACAAUUAUAACUGUACAUGAAAUUCUGUAAAAUUCAACAAAAUAACUUAAAAACAAAGUAAUUAUUUAAAUUUCUAAAUGCCUUCAAGGGCCGCAUAAUAUCAGUUGCCGGGCCAUAGUUUGCACAACCCUGUAUCAUGACUAUCAGUAUUGGACAAAUGUGGUGAGAGAUAAUGGUGAAAUUUAAGAGAUAAAUCUAUUAUGACUAUGUAUAAGGUAUUUAUAUAAGUCACUUACUACCUUAUUAGUGACUGCAAUAUUUUUUCACUAAUUCACCAAUCUUUUAUAACUAAUACAACAUAAAUUUGAGUAUAUUUCAUUGAAUAUCUUAACACAGAAAAAACUGCACCGCUGUGAUUUUAAUCUAAAUAUUUGUCUUUUAUUGUAUUUCUCUUCAAUCGAUUCAAUAAUUUGAUCAUUUCUUUACCCAGGUGUGAAAGAAAGAACCUUAUAUUGAGUGACGACCAGGCAGCUUGUCUACUUAGUAGUGUUGAAGGGCUUAGCAUCUCUUCUGAUAUGGUAACCCCCAUCCAGCCCCAUCCAGGAGAUGUUUCCCUAGGUAAGAGCUUAAAAAUAUCUGCUGGAAAGCUUCUGAAAUUUACACAUUGCUGAAAUUUGAAAUGUACACAUGGCUGAAAUAUACACAUGGCUGAAAUGUACACAUGGUAUUGGAAAACCUGAAGAAAUACCAAGAAAGUGGACGCUGUAACCAAGGAGCCUUCGAUAGCAAAACUACUGGGACUGACAAACUCAGCUUGUAUUGAGAUAUGUACUUGACCAGGGUAUCUAAACAGGCUAAGUUUGUGAUUUAAAAACAAAUACUAACUAAACAUUUGUAAGCAAUUUUUUUUUUUUUUUUCACAAAUGAAUAAUCUAAAUGUUCAUUUAUUUAGCUUUUAAAAUGUAAUUGUUUUUAUGUGAGUCCAUUGAUUUAUAGGGGAAUUAGAGUUAAUAAAUUGUGAACUUUGACAAAUUCUGAAAAAUAAAACAGAUGUGUUUAAAAAAGGUGGUGGGGGCAAUGUUUGUAUCUUUUAUACAUAAAGAUGUGGGUUGGCUGAAAAUAUUCAGUGUAAGGUAAAUUUAGUGACAGUGGGCGGGUAGGGGACAUAUAUGAGAAUAUUAAUUUUUUACUUGACGUAAUACAAAUAAUUUAAGAAAUGAUCAAUGGCACCUUUACAUUAAGGUACGUAUCAGAUUUACAUUUGUUAUAUUUGUAUCUCCUUUAAGUUUCUACAACUGUUUGGCUCAUUCAAAUUUAUAUAACCAUGGUUUCAAAAAUCCAAUGUUUGAUUAUGAAAAUUAUUAAAUUUUCAUUGCAAGAUAAUUUGGUAGACGGGAAAAGAGCAUCAAGAUUGAACAGAACCUCCUCACUGGAGAAACCGUCUACUUCAGGCCUUCAGACUGCCGCUACAUCAGACCCUCAGUUGGCUAAGACGGAAAGUGAAGUCACACGCAGCGGAAGGAAGCGGAAACUCGGACCCGUGGCAACAAGCACACCAACUCCAAAACAGUUGUGCCGUAAAGUACAAGAAAGUGUGCAAACAAUAUUCUUAUCUUGAACAGCCUUUAAUGAAGCAAUCAUCCAAUAAUUAAAAUAACAUUAGAAUUAAUUUUAAUUUUAUGAGUUACAUGAGUUUUUUUUAUAACAGGAUAUUUUUUUUUCAUGAGGUCUUCCAAAAAAUUAUUCACUCUUCCCAAAUGAAAAAAAAAAAGAGGAGGCCCCCUAAUUUUAGAUGUACUGUAAUAAAUUUUGGAUGAUUUAGAUGAAGCAUUCCAAACUAGAGUUAUUCUAUCUGAAGUUUCCAAACUAGAAAUGUUUAAAGAUAAAAUAUUUCAAACUAAAGGUCAUCCAGGUCUAGGUCUUAAUAAGGAGUUUUUAUCUCAUUUUUUUUUCACUGCAUUAAAAAAUGUGGCCAUUCAUUAUUUUUUUUCCAGACACACCUACAAAAAAGGUAUAUAGUCCAUUAGGGAGUGCUGUGAUGUCCCCAUCUGAAGUGCGUAAAACUACAAGGCGUGCUGGUAAAGGUAAAUGAAUUACACGCUGCAACAUGAAUGCUUCUCUCAAUAAAGUAUCAAAUGUUUAACCCCCUUGGUGGUGUAAGCUCCAGUGCUAGUUGUUUUGGCUGGACACGUGCAACUGUUUGAUUGACUGAUUUAUUUUUUUUUUAAAUUUUUACAGAAUAUUUCUUUAUUGAUAAUAAAACUGAAUUCUUCCAUUUACCAUUUUCAUGCAUGGGAAAAAUGAUUACUAAAAUGUAUAUAAUCUUGUGUGACACAAUAAAAAAUCCACUAAGACCAGUACAACUCCAAACACCACUUGGCACGCUAACAACAAGAGUGAAAAAACCUAUAAUUUAAAACAAAAUAACUCAUGUUCCUAAUUUUUGAAAAUCCCAAUACUUUUUGCACAAAUAACCGAAUUGACGCUAUUAUUGCCAUCUGAUUUUAUUGAGCCCAAAUUAUCGCGUUUAAGCUGGGAUCCACUAUGUUUCAUUUUUUCACUGAAAUUGAGAGGCAACACAUUUCAACCAAAAAUCCACGUCUUCACCAAUUCACUCUUGACGCUUUUUUCAUCUUGCAGGAUUAUUUGAACAAACUUCUAAAAGCCAAAGCAAGCUGUUUGAAGGAAUGAUGUUCAUUUUAACGCACAUUGAGAAAGAUGCACAGAGCAGACGAGAAGAGAAGCAAGUCUUAGAAGAUUCCUCUUUGGAUACAUCAACAGAUGAGAACGCAGACAUUGGUCAGUCUUUGGUCAAUCCCGUUAACAUCUACAAUCCUCCAAUUAACACUAAUGUUAACUACUAGAGCUUAAUAUGGGGGGGGGGGGGGACAUUUUUUUUACACCAAGUACGGGUAUUUUGAGAAGAUGGAAACAAAAAAGUUAACUUCUCAUUUUCGAUAAAAUAUGCUGGCCUUUAAACAAUAGUCCUACAGUCUUACACCCUACCUACCGGAAUUUAAACAAUAGUCCUACUGACAAUCCUUUUCCAUACCCGUGGCUCUUUAUUUAUGAAUAUAAUAGUUUUUUCAAUAAAAAUUCAACCUUCUUACUCUGGGUUCACCCGUCACCCAUCAUGAGGCUCGCUGCUUAACAGCUUUUUUGUUUUGUCUCGGUAGUAUUAAUAUAAAACAUGAUGAGUAGUGGGAGGGCCGGUUGUGAAAAGGAAGCAGCCACACCACAAGCAAAAUAUAUAAGAGAUUGUUUAACAACCCAAUGCCUAAUAAAUGCAGUUUGUUGAUUUUCUUGCCCAGCAACCACAAGGAGGCCGGAGUUGCUUUAAACCAGGGGUCUCCAAACUUUUCAGCCCAAGGGCAGCAUUAACUAUCAAACAGCAGUUCGGGGGCCGACUACACACCCGAGGUCCGAAUAAAAUAGAAUCAAUACAUGAAUGUUGUUUUUAAUUAUUGAUGUUAUAUUAUUUCAUUCAGUUAUUAUUUAAUAACACAUUGAUACACUACACAUGAACACCUGUAUUAGUGGGAAUGGUGAAAUUGUUUCCUGGAUGCCAAAAUUGCAGUGAUUAGCAGACAUUUCUGGAUUUAGAUUUGAUGUCCCUAUCAUCAACAGUGACCUGAGAUUAUCAUCGGACAAAUUUAUUCUCAAAUUGUUCUCCACGUAUUUCGUUCUUGAAAAUGUUUGUUCACGCAGGUAUGUUGUUCCAAAGAUUGAAAUGUACCUUGAUGCAAAAGUUUUCAAAUUAGGGAAGUCUUCCUUUUGCAAAAACUGGUAAAAACCCACCAGUCCUUCUUUGAGCUUGUCCCUAAGGAGGUCAUUUGCAUGCAACUCACCGACCUCCAUGUGCAGUUCAUCUGGGCAACUGGCCACAUCUGCUUCAAAGGUUUUUGAAACAGUCUCACUUCUGCCUUUGAAUCGAAGUCAGAAAACCGCUGCUGAAACUGCAGCUGGGGUUCUUUGAUGAUCUCGCAUGGAAAUGACGUGGGGAACUGCACUGUUGCUUCAGACAUGAAGACCGUCCAUGGCUGAAAGUGCGUCAAGUUGUUAGCCUGUACUUGUUCCAAAAAAACAAGACAAAUUUGUAUCAGAAGGCCUUUAGGUGGGUGUAUAGAUCAGAAACUAGAUUUUCCUCUCCUUGUAGUUAAGAAAAUUUAAAUUACUAGUUAUGUCUGCAGCAAAGGCCAUUCUCCAUACCCACUCUUCAUCAGACAGUAAUGCCUGUGGCUUGCCUUUACUCUCCAGGAAGUCACCCAUUUCCUUUCUUAACUUAAAUACUCUGCUCAGAACUUUCUCACAACUUAGCCAUCUUAUUGCUGUGUAAUAUGGUACAUUUUGCGAUUCUGUGUCAGUAUCUUUCAACAGGUCUCUGAACUGUCUAUGGUUGAGCCCAUGUGACCGUAUUAAAUUAACCCUCUUCACCGCAGGAUUCAGCACACUGCUAAUGUCCACACAUUUAGCACACAAAGCUUUCUGGUGAAUAAUAACAGUGCAGGAACAUUGUUUGCAGAAUUUUUUUCUCAUUAAACAUCUGCUUCACUUGUCCAACCAAGCCUUUCUUUAUGCCGCUCAUGUUAUUUCCUCCGUCAACAGUCAGGCAACUGAGGUUAGUCCAGUCCAAGUUAUAAUCAGCAAAUGUUUUUUUCAACUCAUCAGUAACAGUUCCGCACAUGCUAUUUGGAAAGCCAGCUCUUGUGUUAUGUUCAUGUCUUCAUCCACACCCCCCUAACGAACGCAAGCAGUUGAGAGGUGGAACAGCUGUCCAGGGAUUCAUCCAUCGCAAUGAAAAAUUGGCGAUACUUGCUUGCAUUUUUCACUAUUUUAGUCAAAAUGUUUUCACCCAUGUCGACAACACAGCGGGCAAAGCUCCACCACUAGAUGACGUUAUAUAUUCUCAUUUCAUUGACGGUUAAACGGAAGUAGAAAAACUAAACAGAGAAUAAGGUUUUGCAAAGUAAUGAUCGGUUAGAAAACAUAACGCACAACAGUUCGCCUCUAUUUUAAUUAGGUAAAAACAUAACAUCCACGUAAGUGGCAUCUGAUCUUGGCAGGAUACAUGUACAUUUCCGUAAUUUUUUUCUGUAGACAAAAAGGUCUCCGCGGGCCGCAUGAAAGGGUCUCACGGGCCGCAUGGGGCCCGCAGGCCGUAGUUUGGAGACCUCUGCUUUAAACAAUUGUUGUUUUUUUAAUAACUUAACAUAAUGUCAAACACUUAUUUUAGACUUUCUUAAAGAUAUCUGGGGGAAAUUUUCCAGUAUUUUUUAUUUGACUGAUAUGUUUGAUGUGAUGUGAUGACCACUGUUUUGAUCACAGAUAAUAAUUGUCCUCUGUUUAUCAAAGAGCAUAUCCAAACAUCGAUUGAACGAGGAGGAGGAAAAGUAUUACAAACAUUGGAUGAUGUAAAAGUAAGUCCUGCAAUGUAAAUAAUUGAAUUUAUUAAUUUUUUUUAUUCCUUGCCAUAUUGACAUUUAUUUGAGGAAGAGAUGCGCCUGUUGCUAUAAAACGGGAAUUCAGUUUGCGCAUCUGGAGCUCAUUUUUAUAAGGGCCUGAAGAGGAAGAAGGGAAUUAACACAAAUAAUCUCCCUUUUGUUGUCCAUUUCAGCGUGGCAGUAUAAAAAAUGUGUACUUGGUGGCAGCUGAACACCAAAGAACUGUCAAGUACUUGAAAGCAUUGGCUGCUGGGCUGACUAUUGUCUCUCAUCUAUGGAUUCUACAUUCAGUGGAGAAGGUAUUCAAGUCUCUUACGUAACGACCACAUGUAUAAAACUUCUUUGAGAAGAUUUCAAAGUUACGCUAGAAAAAUCACACUUGAUACAACAGGAUGUUACAAAAUGACACCAAUCAUUUUCAAUAAAAGGUACAUUUUGUUGAGUAAAGUAUUUGAUCCAGAUGGAGGCGGUACGUUUUUUCCCUCUAUUGAUGGAUGACGUUUUCAGCCAACUUUAGGUGUUUUUAAUAGAAGGACUAACGGGAAAGAGCUUGGCCCUAGGUGGUACUAACCCCGGCUAUGCAACUGAUGGUUAGGAAAUUUAGAUGAUAUUUGAAAAUUUAGAUGUUAGCAUAUUAAAAUAAGAGUUGCUGUUAAUAUUGGAGUUGGCUCUCAACUUUUUAUACACUCUUGCUUUGUAAAUGUUCAUAUUAGAAAUUAGUUUAUUGCCCACUAAUUUAUCACACAACUCUCAGCUAAAUGCAGUUAAUCCUACAUUUGACUACUACAACACACUCUACUCUGACCUUAUAUCGCUAGAUUCUCACUACCAGAAUUUCAAAUAAGCCAAUUACACCAAUGAAGAUAUAACAUGAAAUAUAACAUACGGAAUAGGGUAAGACAUUGUAGUGGCAACGUUUGUUGUUUAGUUGUGUGAUCUUUCAGGUUUUCCCCUACUCUUUAUGUUAUAUUUGAUAUUACCUGAACGCAGUCGUACCCAUAUUACUCAAUGAUAGUAUAAUAACCCCCUCCCACUAAAAAAACAUUUAUUUCUAAUCAACUAAGCUUCACUCCAUAGUGGCCUGCUUCUCUGAUCAUCAUAUGCUUUUUCAAAGACAUGAGCAUGUAAGGUUCGAAACUUUAAACACCACUAUUAGCAUUCAUUGAAGUUGACAUUUUUCUCUCAAUCUUUUCAUAAAUUGCAGAACUCGCUACAGACAUUAACAUCUUACUUGUUACCAGCAGGAAUCAGCCUGGAGAAGAGGAAAAUAAUGGAAGUGUAAGACAUUUUAUUAUUCAUCAUUACAAUUUUAAAGAAGUAUUUGUGAAAUUUAUAACCUUUAAAUGACUUAUUUCUCCUGUUAAUUUUUUUUAUUCUACCUCUCCUAUCACACUGUUAAUCUUUUUUUUUUUUUGUUGUUGUAUUUUUGUCCAAACUUUCCCAGGACAAAAGGCUGUGCAGAGUUAGCAAAGCUUACAGCGAUGGUUGUUUCAAAAAACGAAGAGUUUUCUGUUGCCUGGAAGUCCAUCCUUACAACUGCAGGUUGCCGUGUCAUCACAAAAUUUCCGGCAUCCGCGAGCAAACGUAAGCUGCACAACACGUACACAAAUCAAUAUUUCAAUGGUUUUCUUUAAAUCUUCUGUGUUCUGACCUGGUAGUUUCUCUAAUAGAGUCAUCUCAGUGUCUUCUAGCCUUGCCACAUGAACUCUCUUUUAUUUCAACAUUAAUGUCAAGUCCUCCCACAUGCCUAGAUCCUGGCAUUGAAACCAUGUACUAAUGUACACAGACUCCAAAAAAUAAAAUGUCCUGAAGACAAAAAUGUGAACAGCUGAAACAGUUAAUAAGCUGUUUGUUAUUUUUAUUAAUAUUUAGAUCAGCAAUCAUUUAUUUUUACAUGCAAGCAAUCUUUUUUUAUUAUGAUACAUGGAAUGCUUUUGAAUACCAAAAAUAUAAGGUGUUUGUGUUCAUUUUACCAAUCAAUCUUUUUAUUAUGAUAUCAGUUUGUAUGUUUAUUAACACUGGUCUCUCAGUCCGCAUUUAUGGGUGUCGGGCGAGAUCAGCAAACGUUUUUAUUUCAGUAAUUUGGUGAUAAUUGUUUAAGUUUGUUGUAUCUAUUAAUUUAGGUUCAGCAUUUCAGAAUUCAACGCUGCCAGUUGGUUAGCAUCAUAAAAUUUUAAAACUUAAAUUAAAUAAAAAUCACUGACAAAUUGUACAAAAUCUCCUUACACAUUGGAAAUUUCUUUCACCAGUCGUCCACCUGACAACUUUUAAUUGUUGUCACGCUGCCUUUAAACUACCAAUCUAGUACAUUUUACUUUUAACUACCAUUAUAGUACAUUUUAAAUACUGAUGUGGUACAUUUUAACUACUAAUGUAGUACAUUUUAGUUUGCGCUAUAUUUACUACUUGAGCUAGUAUUUUUAUCUUCAAAUGAAUUCGUUUUCUCUAAGUUUCUAUACACUUGAUUUUUUAUUUUCCUUCAGAUGACCCAGGUGUGGAUGUGUGUGUUUCUGAUACUACAUGUCCUGUUAACAUUGUCCAGAAAUGCAAAAGUCUGGACGUUCCAUUAGUAUCUUCAGAGUGGGUGAUACAGUGCCUCGUUAAUGGACAUCUUGUUAGCUAUGGUGGGAACAAGAAAUAUAGUCAUGACUUUAUCUAGACACAUGACUUAAUCUAGACAAAUGACUUAAUCUAGACACAUGAAUUUAUCUAGACACAUGAAUUUAUUUUGACACAUGACUUUAUCUAGACACAAGACACACAGACACGACUUUAAGAGAUACGAUGUACAGAGAUGAUUAUAUCUAGAUGUUGUUUUACAAGCAUUAAUUUUUUUCCAGACCUAAGAUGUACAGUUAAUGAAAUCAUGAAUUGCACAACAAAAAGAUAAGCUUUGCUUCUAUACGACUGUUGAGAGAGCCUACAGUUUGAUAAAUAUAUGUGACAAUAAAGAAUAAUUCUAUUUUUACACAGUUUAUAUUUGAUGGAAAACAUUUCUCUAAGCAAUGAAAUACUUUAUUUCAUUAAGACAAUUUAAGUUUUAAUGUUACUCCGCACAAGAUUUGUAAUGCAUUGCUUUUUUAAAAUAUGAUCAAAUCGUUCAGAUCCAGUGGCCAUUUGGGCGGGUGGCCUUUGGCAGGUGACCUUUGGCUUGAUGCUACUCAAAUAAAGAUAAAAAUACUGAACAAAAGUUUGGUUGAUGUUUAUUUCUUGACUUCAUCUUAACCCGUGGCAGACGUCUUUAAUCUUCAUUGUGUAAAUAUUGUUUCUGUUGCCACACUCCGAAC